AUGGAUAGUUUACGUAGGGGAAAGCGGAAACCGAAUGGCUGGUUUAAUGAAGAAUACUUAGGACCGAGUGGAUCUAACUCAGAAAGUGACGAUUCUGAAGAAUAUAUACCAAAACCAAAAUCCCAAAUUAACGGUGGGAGAAAGCUCAAAUAUACAUCUGAUGAUGACGAUGAUGAUGAAGAUUACUAUGAGUAUGGAAUGGAGCGUGAAAAAAAGCAUUAUAAAGAAAGAUUAUUAGGUCCUACUCGAAAAGCUCUCAAGACAGAAGUAAUCAGUUCACGGCAAUGCUUUGCUAAUAGAAUUUCUUCAAAUAGUCCAGAAGCAAGUAUCGGUCCCGAUGGAAACAAAUGCCGCUUUAUUCGAUUUAAGGAUUUGAAACCGAAUUUACUAAAUUUGGAUAAAAUUUUGAAAGAAGGCGAAACUGGAGUGAACACGAUCCUGCCAGCCUAUGAUCCUGUCGCUAGAAACAAAUUACAAUUUUUCGAACUCGACGAUUCUCCCAUACAAUUUACUUACAAAGACCUUGAACGAAUGUCUUUGGAAGAUCUUAAGACAGCCCUUGAAAUAGUUGAAGAAGAUAUUCAAAAUUUACCACAUUUUCCAGAAUAUGCAAAAGAUUUCGUCCUAAUCCCUCCAUACAGUGAACAUAUCAAGCAAGCUGCACCUAUAAAAGCCGAUAUCCGUUACUUUGACUGGGAAACUCUUGGCAAAAUAUGCCAAUUUGAUGUAAUUUUGAUGGAUCCUCCAUGGAACAUCCAACCAGCCCAAACCACGAGAGGCGUUGAGUUAGGCUAUGAACUCAUGCUCGAAAGUGAAAUUGCUUCCAUGAAAAUCCCUUUAGUUCAAACAAAUGGAUAUUGUUUUAUGUGGGUCGUUGCUUCUUUCUUGCCAGUCGGUGUAUCAAUGCUUCAAGGAUGGGGAUACAAAGUAAUUGAUUUCAUUAACUGGAUAAAAACCUCCAAAUAUGGAAGAUAUCGUCCUUCAAACGGUUAUUUCUUGCAACAUGACAAAGAAACUUGUCUUGUAGGCAUAAAAGGAAAACCUUUGGAUGGAGAAGAUGUCGACAUUUUUAACGAUUUAAUUAUUGACGAAAGAGGUGCAAGACAAAGCCACAAACCGCCAUCUUUGUAUGAUAUUAUUGAGAGAAUGUUCCCUGGCCGACUCUAUUUGGAGAUUUUCGCUCGUGCACACAAUGAACGCGAAGGAUGGGUUUCGCUUGGUCUUGAAGUUGUCCAGUAA